UUGAAAAGUUUUGUUAGUUCAUGUGCAGAACCCAGAAGAUAUUUCAACAUUGAUUCCUGAAUGGCUUUCUGCUGAUAUACAAGUACGCGAUAAAGUGAACAUGGGAUGGAAGCAGAAAGUGAUGGAACUGCAUGGCAGAUCUUUGGUCUGAGAAGGAGUUAAUAUUUCAAGUUUAAAAGGAAACAUGGGAUGGUUAUCAAUUGUUCUUUCUAUGGUGUUUAAAUCUUUGGACAGACUUGGAAGCAACUGAAAGGUGCUUAAAUGUCGAUCAGAAAGGAAAAGCGUCUGGGUCAUUGGUGUUUGCUGCUGUUCAGAUUGAUGAUCACGCCCAGCAAUUCUUUUAGCUUCUGCUCAUCAACAGCUGUCCCAACUUCUGUUUCUUUCUUCCUUACUUAGAGAGAGACAAACACACACUCAGACACUUACAGCCAGACAAGGAGAGAGAGGGAGAGAGAGAAUAAAACAGACAUGGAGAGAGCAGGAGACAGAAACACAAAUUGGCACACAUUUACUGACAGAGUGUGAGAGAUCCACAAAUAAAUAUCUUUGCAUUACAGUGGCAAAGGCUGAAAGGGAGAAGCAAAAUAGUGACAGCCACAUACAUUUAACAAUUUAACAAUGUGUGUGAAAGAGAGAAAGAGAGGCACACCGACACAUUAACUCACUCAUUUUCAUGUACAUAUCAUGCUCUGUUGUUAGUUUCUACAGUAUCUGCCUUGCAAAUUUCUGCUUUCUUGGAUCAGUGCAAAUGGAACACGAAAGCCACAAUCCCAGCUCCCCUACACAUUCUGGACCCCAGACUCUCAUUCGAUCUCAGCAAACAGUGCAAACUGGUAGCACGGCUGUGUGUCCAACAUUUCAAAACAUCACAGGCCCUGUGAAUGUUACAGUGCAGACGGACAGCAGCCAAAGUGAAAGCCGACGAAUGCGAAGAGACACUGUGGACAUUGCGGGAGUUAUUAAUAAUCAUAAGAAGAUGCUGAGGGAAAAAGUCCAGUACAUCACUGAAUACACAAGCAAGCCAGGUGAAAAGAUCUUGCUAACAGAGAAUUUCACCAACCUUUGGAUAACUGAAGGCGACUGCAACUCGAUUCCCCAAAGACAUGAGGUGAUGGAUAUUGAAGCUAUGUCCAAGCAGGAAAGGUCUGGUGCCCGUUCCAUUGACUACACAGAAAUAUUCGUCUGUUCGCUGCAGCAAUCCCGGCCACCAAGGAUCACCUUAACCAAGGGAUUGGCGGGAAUUGGGAAAACUAUCUGUGUGCAUAAGUUUGUUUAUGAUUGGAGUAAUGGCUCGGCGGGCUUGGACUUUGACUUCCUGUUCAUGUUCCCGUUCCGGGAACUCAAUCUGCUGACAGAAAGUAAACUCAGCAUCAGCCAACUGGUCCAGAGAUACUACCCUCACACUGGGGACACGGCAACCUUCUUAAAGGACACCAACAUCAAAUGUCUCUUCAUCUUUGAUGGCUUGGAUGAAAGUCGUCUCUGCUUGGAUUUCAAUAAAAGCCCCGAAUAUGCUGAUGUCGAGCACAUGAUGAAACUCCAUGUUCUCCUCGUGAAUUUAAUUAAAGGAACCCUGCUUUCCCAUGCCUCCGUUUGGAUAACGGCCCGCCCUGCAGCUGCCCGCCAAAUCCCAGCUGCUUACAUUGACAGACUGACGGAAAUUCAAGGGUUUCGAGAUGAAGAGAAAGAGGAAUACUUUCGCAAAAAAUGCAAAGGAAGGGCGGAUAUGAUUUUGUCCAAUAUAAUGAGGCAACCUAGCCUUUUCACCAUGUGCUAUGUCCCAGCUUUCUGUUGGAUUCUGGCCACUGUCCUGCUACAUGCCAUGAAAUCUUGCAGUGAGACCGACAUCCACCAACAUAUCCCCAGAACCAUCACUGAGGUCUACAGCAACUUCUUGAUUGUGAUGAUAAUGUACCACCAAGAUAAGCAGAGCCACGGGGUAACUGAGAGGGAAAAGGUCAGUGACUUGCUGCAAGCUAAGCGCCCAGUCAUUCUGAACCUGGGAAGGUUGGCUUUCCAUUGUCUGAAAGUCCAGAAGCUGGUCUUCCAUCAAAGGGACAUGGAGUCAUUUAGGGUAGACCUAUCUCUGCUAUGUGAUGGCUUUUGCAAAGAGAUCCUCCUCCAAGACGAGCCUAUCUUUCAGCACAAGGCUUAUGCCUUCAUACACCUGACAAUGCAGGAGUAUUUUGCUGCCCUGUAUGUUUUCCUUCAGCACCACAUGGGCCAGCACCCAAACCCACUGGCAAAGGGGCUGAUGACGAAGUUGCGAGGCCUAGUCUCCCGUCCCAGCUUUUCUGAUGUUUGUAAAAGUGCAUGCAAGAAAGCAGUGUGGAGUCAAAAUGGGCACCUGGAUAUGUUUUUCCGCUUCCUCUGUGGCCUGUCAACAGAAAAGAACCUCCAACUUUUGCAGGGUCUGUCGAGCCAGGGGGUGAGCGACGGCGAGGACGCCACACGGACUGCAGCCUACAUCAAGAGAACUUUACACAGGGACAUUCCUGCGGAACGAUGCCUGAACCUGUUCUAUUGCUUAAAUGAGCUGAACGAUGGCUGUAUAGUCGACAAACUGAAGCAAUCUCUAAGGGAAGGAGCUCUGGCGACUCGAGACCUGGAAGCGGCUGAAUACUCGGCCAUAGCGUUUGUGCUCCAAGCAUCGAACUCCGACAUGGAGGAGUUCAAUAUAGCUGAUUACAACCUCUCUGACGAACUGCUCUGGAGGUUGCUGCCUGUUGCGAAACUAUUCAGAAAAGUGAAGUUAGUUAAUAAAGACAUAACAAAGCAUCUGGUGAACUUUCUCGGAGCUCUCCUGAUUCUAUCCAAAAGUCAAGUUCAGGAACUUUGGCUGGAAAAUACCGAAAUCAGUGAUGUGGCAAUGAAACAAUUGUGUGUAGCCAUGAAGAAUUCUUGUUGCAGAUUGCAGUCAUUAAGUCUGUCGGGUACCGACUUCACUCAAAGAUCCUGGGAAGAGCUGACAAACGUUAUCAAGAAAAAUCAGAUGCUACUAACUUUGGAUUUAAGCUACACAUUUCCGGAUCAUUCUGCAAUAAGUUUAUUGGCUGCUGCUCUGAAGGACUCUGAGUGCAGACUACAAACAUUAAAACUGAUUAGCAAUGAUCUCGACGUUCAUUGUUGUGAGGAACUGGCAUCUGGGUUGUCAACAAAUCAGAGUCUAGUGGAGUUGAAUUUGAGUCGCAACCAACUGAAAGACAUGGAGAUGAUGGCACUAUGCAAUGCGUUGAAGAAGCCAGAGUGUAAACUCCAAAUACUGCAUCUUAAUCACAACCAGAUCAGCAGCGAUUGUUGUGAGGUCUUGAGUUCUGCUCUCGCCCAAAACAAAGCAUUGUUUCAUCUGAACCUGACUCACAAUAAGCUUGGCAAUGCUGGAGUUAAAAUUCUGUGCCGUGCAUUGAAGAACAAUGUCUGUAAACUGCAAAUGUUGAGUUUGAAAUAUAACAGCCUGACGUAUGAUUGUUGUGAAGAAUUGGCUUUUGCUGUCAAAGAGAACUCAGAAUUACUGGACUUGGACAUCAGUGCGAAUAAAAUAACUGAUGGUGGUGUCAAACUCCUGUGUCAAAUAUCAACAAACCACAGAUCCAACAUGCAGUGUCUCAGGAUUUCCAUGAGUGAUCUUUCUGCAAAUUGUUGCCAGGCCCUUGCAUCCCUUCUGGUUGAGCUGAAAACAAUUAAAGAACUUCAUCUGGACUUCAAUGUGAUUGGAGAUUUGGGUGUGAAGUAUCUCUGCUGGGCCUUUAAAACACGUGAUAACGGAAUGGAAGCAUUAAGCCUGAAGAGAAAUUAUCUGACAGAUGAGUGCUGUGGGGACCUUGUUUCUGCUCUUUGUAUGAAGAAUACACUGAAGUUCCUGGACCUCUCCUUCAAUGGAUUUACCGAUAACUCUCUGGAGCUCUUCCGACAUCUUGUACUGAAAUGUGCUGAUUUGGAAGAGCUUGUAUUACAAGCAAAUUGUUUCAGCCUCCAAGGGUGCAAUGAGUUGGAGAAACUGAUGAAUUCCAGACAGAAGCUACAAGUCAUAUUAUAAGAAGACUAAUCUGCUUCAAAAUAAGAGAUUUGAUGUUGACAAAGACUAAUUUUGAUUGACAACACUGAAUGAUUUAACCGUUUAAAAUUGUGAACCACCCUUCAAAGAUGAAUCACACAAAGUUAAGUUUCAGCUUUACAACUGUGCUCCCCCAGCACUCCUACACAGGACCAGCAAGCUAUUCAGUAUGUCAUGUACGAAUAUCACUGGCCUGUUAAUGGUAAAUCUAUGUGAAUGUACACCGUCUGUUCUUCUGAUACAUCAGACAGACUAUUCAGGGUGAGGGUGGGAGAUCAUGUAACCACUCAGCAAAGUGGGAGUAGUGCAUUCUUUGCUGGAAUUGUUUUAUAAGGGUGCAAGAAUCUGAAAGGCAUAAUGCAUAAAGACAUUGAGCUCCAUCUGGACAUCUAAGAUUGGAAAAUUAUCUCUAAUGUUUUCAGUGCCUCAACAAUUUCUGUUCUAAUGAUGUCACAUGGAUUUGGGAAGCGGGAAACAGAUUGAAAUCUUCAAGGAAUAAAGCCUAACACUGCAAUCUCUCUCAUCAUCUCCUUAUCAAAGUUGUGGUAACAUCAUACCAAUAUAAACGUGUACCAUGCAAUAGGUAUAUCUUCUUUACAACAAGGGCCUCUUCACGUUGGACUACUUUCUCCUCUACCAUACCAGAUCAUGAUGCAGAGGUUUCAGUGUUGGACUGGGGUGGACAAAGUCAAAAGUCACAUGACACCAAAUUAUAUUCUAACCGGUUUAUUUGAAAUCACAAGUGUGAUGAUGCCGCCACUUAAAAAAGGACAAAAUAACCUUUUUAGAAGAAUCUAGGGAGCUAGGAUUUUUUUAAAAACCGUUUAACAAUGGAAGGGGAAUGACCAGUUCUCCAAGUUCAGGAGUUUCUGUUGUUUUUUUUAGCUGUAGCAGUCACAAGAUGUGAGAGUACCAGAAGUGUUGCAAGCUUUACUAAAUGAUUCCUAACUGAC